UGUGUGUCUGUGGAUAUGACUCGUUUCUUCUCUUCGUUUCACCGGUGACUCUCUAAACUAUACACAUUGGCAAAUCGAAAAAUGGGUGUGGACUACUAUAAAAUUCUUCAGGUAGAUCGAAAUGCCAAAGAUGAUGAUCUCAAGAAAGCUUAUCGCAAGCUUGCCAUGAAAUGGCAUCCUGAUAAGAACCCUAACAGCAAGAAGGAAGCUGAAGCCAAAUUCAAGCAAAUCUCAGAAGCCUAUGAUGUUUUGAGUGAUCCACAAAAGAGAGCAGUGUAUGAUCAGUAUGGUGAGGAGGGAUUGAAGGGGCAGGUGCCGCCCCCGGGUGCCAGUGGGUUUGCCAGUGGCAGUGAUGGCGGGCCGACAACAUUCCGGUUCAACCCGAGAAGUGCAGAUGAUAUUUUCUCGGAGUUCUUUGGGUUUUCUAGCCCCUUUGGUGGAAUUGGAGAUAUGGGUGGCCGUCCUGGUGCAUCUGGCUUUCCCAGAGGGAUGUUUGGGGAUGACAUUUUUGCUUCUUUUAGGAGUGGGGCUGCAGAAAACUCUGGCAAUGUGCAGAGGAAAAGUGCUCCCAUUGAGAGAACAUUGCAAUGCAGUUUGGAGGAUUUCUACAAAGGGACUACCAAAAAAAUGAAGAUUUCCAGGGAUGUGAUUGAUGCCAGUGGGAGGCCCACCACUGUAGAGGAAAUUCUAACCAUUGAGAUCAAGCCAGGUUGGAAGAAAGGAACAAAAAUAACAUUUCCAGAGAAGGGAAAUGAACAAAGAGGAGUUAUACCAGCAGACCUUGUUUUUAUUAUUGAUGAGAAACCUCAUAGUGUCUUCAAGAGGGAUGGCAACGAUCUUGUUGUAACUCAGAAGAUAUCUCUUGUAGAAGCUUUGACAGGUUAUAUGGCGCAACUGGCAACCCUUGACGGGAGGAAUCUUACAGUCCCGAUCAACUCCAUCAUUAGCCCAACAUAUGAAGAAGUUAUUAUAGGAGAGGGUAUGCCAAUUCCCAAGGAACCUUCCAAAAAGGGAAACUUGAGAAUCAAGUUCAAUAUCAAGUUUCCCUCUAGACUUACAUCGGAGCAGAAAACUGGCAUAAAACGAUUAUUGACAUCAUAAACACUGCAUUCCAUGUGCACUUCGGAGGGGAUUGAGCUAGAUGUAAUUACCUGAAAGUUGAAAUUGAACUUCAAAGGUUUUAACUUUUAAUGCUUUUGUGAUGGCAAGGGGAUUGCGCCAAGUGUAAUUGAAACUGAACUUCUCAUGGAUGGUCUUUUCAGGAUUUUACUUUUAAUGCUUGUGAGAAAUUCCUUUUGAUUAGUUCAGCAUUAUGUACGGUCAUGUCCUGGUUCCUUGUCAAUGGUGGCAUUUGUGCAAUUAUUCAAUCUUAUUUUUCUAUGGUUGCUAAUGGAUUAAAUUCAUGCAUUACAGACUUCUUAUAGAUAACCAUUAUUGAUUGCUAAACACUUACAGGUAUAAGAAAUUUAGGAUUAAUCAAAUUAGCUUGCAUGAAGUGUAUAAAUUUGUACUUAUCACAUCUUGAUGUGCAUUUAUUGUUCCUGAAAAUAAAAUGGACGUUGGACAAGUU